AUGCAGGUGUUAAAGCUGAUGCCUGGAGCUCAGCCAGCUGCCGGUGGACUGAGGAGACUCUCAGCUCUACAGAUAGACAUUUCACAAAUCCGAGAUGGGCAGUGGAAUCCAGUGAGGGAAUAUGGCUGUGAAAAGAUGAACUACUUAGUGAAUGAUCUUAAUUCAGUGGAGUAUUUCACAACCUUCAGAGUUAGAGGCCUGAUCAGCAUGUCUCAAAAUCAGUUCAGUCCUCUAGAGGCUACUGACCAGUUUGUUCACUUUGCUGUCGAUUCACCUCUUCUGCUGAAUCCGUCGUUCUCAUCAGAGCUCACCUUCAACAGGGAGGGAGUUCAAUCACGCAGCUUGGAGAAUGCACUGAAUGUUGAUAAUUUACACCUAACCUUCGAUGAUUCCAGAAACUUGGAGAGAAGGGUACACGUGGCUGGGAAGUGUCUGUGGGCUGAUUCCUUUGUGAAUUAUGUGGAGCUGAGACGGCUGAAAUCCACAGCCCAAGUAGACGGGAGCGGAAGCUUGUGCCGUAUGAGGGCCUGCAGCCGGUUUCAAAGCAAAUUAGCAAGAGGAGGAAAGAGCUGGAGGGAGGAACUGCACACACCACCACAAAGUUAUAGUCAACAGUUACCACGAAAACAGUUUUCCAGAUCUUUGCUAUGGAGGGAUUGCAUGGUGCUUCUGCCUAGAGCACCAUGUUGCCCAGAAGUACCAGGUACAAAAUUUUGCAUGGAGGACAGCAGGGAUGUUCUUGUGUUCUUCACCACAUUGCCAAAUAUGUGAUUAAAACCAAG